GAGUUUUCAUACAGUCUGAAUGGCUACAACCAUGCAUGCAUUGGGACAAGAGAUAACACAGUCAGAGUAAAUCUCCUAGAAAAUGACCGAGUGACCAUCAGUGCUCAUAGCUACACAAGGGGAAUGUCGUUCCCCAGCAGUCCUUCCUUCUGUAAGCUUGUUAUCAGUGGGAACAAUCCUAACCUAGGACUACACAUACAUUUCAACAAUCUGCGGCUACCGUGUAAAACAUACGCUGAGCUUGAUCUGAUGAUGCAUGGAGAUAUCGGCAUGAAACGAUUCUUCUGCACUAGUAAGGCACCCAAAGAUUAUUUCAGCGAGAGCAAUGAGUUUGUCUCUCUUUUAACCUUCUGGAACACACCAGUUGACUUCCGCAUGAUCGACUUCGAAUUCACGGUAGAGUUUGUUAGCCUAUCAAACAUGCCGACACGAAUACCCCGGAUGAAUGGGACUACGAUAGCGCCACCUUUCUACACCAGAAGUCUCCUCCCAGGGUACUUUGGAAGUAUUAUCGUUCCCGCGGUUGCAAUUGUGUGCCUUGUGUGCUUGGCAAUGGGAUUUGCAAGGCUAUGUCACUUAUGUAGAAUACGAGGUAACAGACAGGCAGAUGACAAGAGAGAACGCAACUUUAUUGCAGUGAUAGAAAACUUAAUGCGACCCCAGACUGAAGGAGAAUCCACAACCGAUUUGAAUACAUCAAACUCAGCAGACAAUCUUCAAUCAUUAGAAAAUGAAGGAGUUGUGGAAGAAAAUAGCAUUUCUGGCGAAGUUGUUGUUGAAAAUGGCACACAUCCAACUGUUACUGGUCUCGAACAGCACACUGAAGGUCCUAGUGUGAUUGUUCAAUGUCCUUAUAGGGGAGUUUAUCCCAAAUUGUCUAUCUCUCAACAUUCAAUGGUGACGGUUCCAAUACCCCCCGCGUACGAUGAUGCGGUAACUGAUUCUCUCGAGUGUAACCCACCAUCUUAUGAUGAAGUGCUCGCUAUGUCCUGUGACGAGGGAGCGAUCGGAGCUACUAGUGACGAGAAAGAUGUUGUUAAUGAAAGAUUGGACAUAGAAGAACAAAGUUGUGAAAAGUCAGCCCAUUUUGCUGAGGCUCCCAGUGAAUUGAAUUGCAACAAAUUGUAAAAAUAUUUUGUAAAUAUAUAAAAUAAAUACAAUGAAGUAUGUAUAUUUACUAUUUAGAGCACGUAUGACGGAACAUUGAAUAUAUAAGCAUACAUAUAGGAAGGAAUAUAUACUGUAAAUAUUAUUACCAUGGAAAGCAUAUAAUAAUAUUUUGAAUUUGCGAGAUAACGAUAUACUUUCUUUGCUUGAAUUGCCAUCUCGCCCCUGGUUAUCAUAAAAAUGGUGGUCAAAGUCUAAGCUUUCUAUGCAUUUAACAACUAUACAGAAAAAAGUUUAAUUCGUAAUUGCCGAAAAAUUACAAAUAAAAAUGCGGAGUUGAUAUCUAAGCACAAAUGCCUAAGGGAAAUAACCAAAAACUGUAAAGAAAAAGAAACCUAGCUAGAAAAGUAAAACUCAAAGUGUUAACCAUAAAAGUGUUAGUCAUAAGAAAAUAGACCCUAUAUAUACCGAAGCCGUGAUCUAACGUGAAAGGAAAUAAUGUUUAACAUUCCCCCCUCUCCAAUCGAGAACCGAUAUCACAAUCCAGGACCAGAACA